UUCCUCAUAAAUUUUGGUGAAAUGAUCAAAAAUUUUUUCAUGAUUUUGGGCAAAAAAUCAUCUAAAUGAAUGCCCUUUAUCCAAAUAUUUGUUUCUCGUGAUUAUAAUCACACGUCUCGAAUACAAAUAGGCUCGUUAAUGUCCAGUAGUAACAAGCCUGUCAGGUGGGGCAAGCCAAUGUAGAUAUACUUUCUCUUUCAUUUCGUUGAGUAAGUUUCACUCUGUAAUUUAGUCAUUUGUCCACCAGUGAGAGUAAAAGUUUAAGCAUGAACAAAUCUUCCGUUGUGAUUCUUCUUAUUGCACUGUGUGCAACAAUGGCAAUGGCACAACUUCAGCCACGCGCCCCCAAUUUCCAGUAUUUCGAACGGCCCAAGUACAGAUACCCGUAUUAUGAUGAGAACGGGGUCGGACGGCUUUUGUACGGUUACGGAGACGAUAAACUUUAUCAGUAUAAAACAUUCACUCCUUUGGAAGGCAUUCACUGAUUGAAAUCGUUCCAUUUGUUCACACAUUGUUGUUAUUUUUUUAGUUUUAAUCCGAUUAACAGCAAGCACCCAAUUGGAUUUUGUAUUUACUAGUCAAUAAAAUUAUUUUUGGUA